UUGAUUGGUCUGUGCCGUUAGUUUCAUCUGACUUCACCGUUUGCUCUCUCAUCUCUCUCACGCACAUAUUCCAUCUCUGUAACUCUCGGUUGGGUCUCUAUCAGUUGCGGGUGGAGGUGGCAGUAGAGACGCCAUUCCUUGCUCUGCUUAAGCCAAUUUUGCGCCACCCUUUUUUCCCGCCCAAAAUCUUCCCCACCAAUUCAGCUUAAUCCGACAACGAGAGAUAAUGAGAGCUUAUGAUAUAGAAAACCAGCUGCUACGACAACUUUUUUAUUCAAUUAUUUUUUUCCUUCUUUUUUAGCAUUAGGGUUUCUCCUCCUUAUUUAACCCUACUUGUUUUCUAUUCUUCUGGUCCUCAGCUUUUCCUUUUUCCCAAGCCCCUCGGGAUUCGGUCCUCGACAACUCGACAGCCUCGGAGACAGUUUGUAAGAGGGCUUCAAUUCCCGAGGACACACCUUAAAGUAACAACUCUUUUGUAUUUUGUGGUCUUUCUUUCUUGUCUCAUAUAUAGGAGCUUUUCCUCUAUGCUUGGGAGUGAAGUUGAGAAAAUUCCCAGACCAUAAUAUCAAUCUAUUUUUGGAGAAAAAGGGUUUGCUGGUUGGUGGAAGAUUCACUCGCCCACUGAUCACCUGCCACCCCAGAGGCCCAGAUCUAACCCAAGACAUAAGCGGGGGAAUAUGAAUACUUUUUCUCAUGUACCCCCUGGUUUUCGGUUUCAUCCAACAGAUGAAGAACUGGUUGAUUAUUACCUUAGAAAAAAGGUGACAUCACGAAGGAUUGACCUUGAUGUCAUUAAAGAUGUUGACCUCUACAAAAUUGAGCCGUGGGAUCUUCAAGAGAUAUGCAGGAUAGGAACAGAAGACCAAAGUGACUGGUACUUUUUUAGCCAUAAAGACAAGAAGUAUCCAACAGGAACCCGCACAAAUAGGGCCACAACAGCAGGUUUUUGGAAAGCAACAGGAAGAGAUAAGGCCAUAUACUCCAAGCAUGACUUAGUUGGAAUGAGGAAGACCUUGGUCUUUUACAAAGGUCGAGCCCCAAAUGGACAAAAAUCAGACUGGAUUAUGCAUGAAUACCGGCUUGAAACAGAUGAAAAUGGGACUCCACAGGAAGAAGGUUGGGUUGUCUGCAGGGUAUUCAAGAAAAAGAUAACAGCAAUGCGCAAAGUGAGCGAGCAUGAAUCACCAUGUUGGUAUGAUGAUCAAGUCUCAUUUAUGCCGGAGAUGGACUCACCUAAGCACAACUCCCACAGUAAUCUGGUGUACCAACAACUCCCUUAUCAUUGCAAGAAAGAGCUAGAUCUGCCAUACAACCUUCCCCGGGAGCACUUCCUCCAGCUCCCACUUCUAGAAAGCCCAAAAAUGCUCCAAUCCGCCGCCACCGUAAGCUCAUACGGCGGCAUUGACAUAAACCAUGCAGCCGCCACCCUGCAGUACUCCUCUUCACUCUCACAACAAAUUCAAAUACCCCAUGAACACAGCUUUCAUGCGAUGGAUCAAAUGACAACAGAUUGGAGAGUGCUAGACAAGUUUGUUGCUUCUCAACUCAGCCCAGAUGGUGCAGCCAACAUGUUUCACGCAUCAGGCAACACGAAUAAUGUUCUUGUCAGCAGACACUUGGAAAAGCAAGAAAUGGUGCCGGAAAAUGAUGCCUCCGUGUCAAGCUCUAGCAAUUGUCAAAUUGAGUUUUGGAAGUGACAUUAUAAUUUGCUUAAAUACUGAUCAUAGGAUAUUAUUAUAAGUUGGAAAAGAAAAAGGGAAGUAGUGAUUUAAAUUCAUGUACAUAAUAAACUAAGCCUGUAUAGCUGUUGGUGGGCUUCUGGCUCUUCGAUCUCCUAGUAUUAAGUUAAUUAUUAAUAUCGCUAAAAUAGUUAGUGACAAAUUAAAUCAUGUUUCUUGUAUAAAGGAGAUAUCCUUGGAGUUUCAUCGAGCUUUGCUUGUAGUGGGCUUUAUUAUUUUCGGAUAUUCUACUUAAUGAAUUAAUUAGUUUUUAGU